AUGACGCAAAUCAAGUCGUUAGAGCUCCCCUCUGGGGUUCAGCUUUCAUACCUCGCCGAAGGUGGCGCGAAUAUUAUCUAUCGGAUUGUGGCACCGGUUGGCUCGCCGAAAGUCUCGAAAGCUCGUUCUCCUUUACGGGGUUCAAGCGAAACCCAGACUAUUAUGACUGUGCCUGCGGAGUACAAAGGGAAGUUACUGCGACUUCGCAAGGACACACCGGCCGGUGUAUCGUACCAGGAAAUCGCCCGGAACUUUGACAAGAACAUCCGUCCACUGUUUAAACCGGAAGAAUUGGUGGACCAGGAACUAGUAUACUUACCCGAACGACUCACCCAGCACUGCAAUGAGCAAUUGCGCGCCGACGAGCUCACUGGAAAGCGACCGAAACAAAGACGAGGACUUUAUCUCUCCGUGACCGAGCCAUUUGGGCUGCUAGUCACAGAUAUGACCUCCCUUGGCAACCCUGGGACAGAGCUAGCCGAACUGAAGCCGAAGUGGCUUUUUCUGUCCCCGUCUGCGCCAACGGGUGUUCGAAGAUGUCGCACUUGCGCUCUGCGGGACAUGAAACACCACGACGCCCGACGAGUGGGGGCGGCAGAAGCAACAUCCUUCUGCCCUCUAGACUUGGUAUCCGACAAGUUCGAAAACGUUUUGCGUGCGACCAAAUUUGUUAAGGGGUACAAAGAUCAUGCCCGGCUAGCGAGAGUCCUAUAUCGGAACCCUACGCUGCUGAAGCUUUUAGCACACCAACGGAGCCUGAAAGAUGUUGGACUCUACGGGCCAUCGCCGCACACCCGAGAUAAGUCUUUGGCAAUGACAAUCCGCGAUUGCACAAUGUAUAUCAAGAUGCCCCGAAAUGAGAAAGGUCGCGUCGAAAUUCGACUCGGCGAUCUAGAUUUAAAAACUGCAAGCGGAGGCAAAGCCCAGUACUGGUUGGAUCUAGAGCAUCGAUUGAUCAACGAAGGCUGGUAUAUGGGCACUAAAUGCAAUGCUCACCCUUGCGAGUGUGCUCUACAAAGCCCGCGAGCGCAGCCUCCUCAAUCCAUGUGA